AUGGACACUAACGAGCUUGUGGAUAUUGUUCACGAGAUGCAAGGUCAACUUUGGGUUGACAAGGUGAACGAGUCCCACCGAACAGGCCGUCUCUGCCAGUGGGUGUCAACUUUCCAUUCCGAGAAACUUCCCUGUCAACUUGAAGGUACCUUUCACCACGGUGCAUUUAAUGCCGGCGUGAAGAUGGUGUUCCCUGACUGCACUGCCUGGAUGGUUCGUUUCCCUCGCGUUGGGAUGGUCUGUGACGACUAUGCCGACGAGAAAGUUGCCGUGGAGGUCACAGCUCUAGAUCUCAUUCGCGACCAGACUACGAUCCCCGUCCCGCGAGUCUGGGCGUGGGGCUCCGCUGCCAGCAACCCACUGGGUUUGGGCCCGUUUAUCAUAAUGGACUUCAUUGAUGGUGUGAGCCUUAAUGAUCUACUCCGGGACCCCAAUGCCGAAAGCCCCAGCCGAGUGAUAAGAGAGGAUAUCAGCGACAGUGAUAUAGAAGUUAUUUACAGACAGCUGGCGAACUUUUUGCUUCAGCUAUUCAAACUUGAUUUUGACCGGAUUGGCAGCCUGGUAUCACCACAGGCUGAAGCCGAGAGCCCACCGCCACGACCCCUAACUUUCAAGGCACACUGCAUCUUACAAAAUGGAGGAGUUGAUACUUUCGGUGACCGGGAGCAGGGGUUUGCGACAACCACCGAAUUUUUUCAAUAUCUCGCCCACCAGGACUGGAUGCAACUUGCUCAGCAGCCGAACUCAGUUGUUGGUCCAUAUGAUGCUAAGAACAAACAUGUGGCGUUCAACGCCCUCAAAUCCCUGAUACCUGACUUGGUCCACGCGAAGUACGACAGUCGCAAGUUUAAGCUGAUUUGCGACGACCUUGGCCUGGCGAACCUGAUUGUCCGUGGUAGGCAAGACCUCACCGUUGUUGGAGUAGUGGACCUAGAGUGGUCUUACAUCGGACCCGCCCAGCUGUUUGGCUCGGCGCCGUGGUGGCUUCUUCAAGACAGGCCCGUCAACCCCGAGUGGGAUUGCGAGGGCGACGAGCCGCCCGAGAUUGGUACCCGGUACUUCAAAUAUCUAGAUAUUUUCAUACGCAUUCUGGAGGAGGAAGAGGCAAAAAUGCCAGAAUAUCAAGAGAGAGAGCUCUCCAGUCUCGUCAAGUGGUCACAGGCCUCCGGAGCCAUGUGGCUGCACAUGCUCCUGUCAUCUGGAUUCAAUGAUCAACACAAUUUUCCUUUUACGCAACUGCGCAGACAUAUUGGGCCUGCCGAGUGGGCGAGGCGUGAGAAGGCGUUCGAGAUCGCAGAAGAACUUGAGGCAUUCGCGGAAAGGAAGGUGAGCGAGUUGGAUAAGUAUGAUGAAGCCUUGGAGAAGAUGGAGGAGACCAAAGAGCUCGUGGACAGCGGAAAAAUAACAAAGCAGGAAUUCGUUGAUAAGGCUCUAAUAGAGCUCGGAUGUUCCCCUUGUUCCUCGUUAUCUGAUGAAUGA